ACAGAGUCCAUUCGUUUAUUAAACAGCCAAUACAUAUCUAACACCAAUUGGAUCUGCCUUUGUUUCAACUGGGUUUCGAGCGUUACAAUCACUACUACACUACUCUAAUUUCAAUUUCCAAAAUCUUUAAAAUAUUUUCAGUUGUCUCUCCUUUGCCAAAAAAAAAAAAAAAAAAAAAGAAAAAAGAAGAAGAAGAAGAAGCAAAAACAGGAGUGUUUUCAGUAGGUCUUGGAGGCUAUCGGUGCUGUAAUUCCUUUUCACAAAUGGUGAAGCGUAAAAGAGAGUCAUCACCGUCACCAUCUUCUUCUUCAACACGUCAGCCAAAAUACGAGGUAUUUCUUAGUUUUAGGGGUGAGGAUACCCGUACUAAUUUUACUGACCAUCUCUAUGUUGCUUUGAAACGAGAGGGGAUUAUUACUUUUAGGGAUGAAGAAGAACUCGAGAAAGGAGAACGUAUUUCUGAGCUCUUCAAAGCAAUUGAAGAAUCACAGUUUGCUAUCGUCAUUCUCUCAAGAAACUAUGCAUCUUCUACGUGGUGUUUGGAUGAGCUUAUCAAGAUUAUCAAAUGCAUGGAUGAAAUGGGACUGAAAGUUUUGCCAGUUUUUUACGAUGUGGGCCCAACUGUUGUACGAAAACAAACCGAAACUUUUGAACAAGCCUUUAUUGAUCACCAAAAACGCUUUGAGGAUAACAUAGAGAAGGUGGAAACAUGGAGAGAUACUUUAAAAAAAGUGGCUGAUAUCUCCGGUUGGGAUCUACAUCAACAAAAUAGGCAUGAGUCUGAAAUUAUCCAACACAUUGUGAAAGGAAUUACAGAGAAAUUAAGUCCUAAAUCCUCAAGCAUUAACAAAAAUUUGAUAGGAAUAAAAUCUAUGGUGGCAAAAUUGAUCCCUUCGUAUUUAGGUUUCGGGAAUGAUAUUUACAUGAUGGGUAUUUGUGGUAUGGGGGGUCUGGGAAAAACAACUCUUGCUACUGCUAUACAUGACAAGUAUUUAGAUCAUUUUGAAGGUUGUAGUAUUAUUGCCGAUGUUAGGGAAAGAUCGGGAAAAGGUGAAUUGCAUAAAUUACAAGAACAAUUGCUUAACUCAAUUUUGGGGGCAAGUAAUACAAUGAUCUACAAUGUUCUAGAAGGAGUUAAAAAUAUCAAGAGUAGUAGGUUACAUAAUAAAAAAAUUCUACUUGUCCUAGAUGAUGUUGAUGACAAGAACCAAUUAGAAAAUUUGGCUGGAGAGCCUACCUGGUUUGGAUUGGGUAGUUGGAUCAUUAUAACAACUAGAGAUGAACGUGUGUUGGUCCAACAUGGAGGGCUUAAAAUAUAUAAGCCUAAUGGAUUAGAUUAUGGUGAUGCCUCAACACUUUUUUGUUUGAAAGCCUUCAAAAAGGAGCAACCUGAAGAAGGUUAUAUGCAACUCUCCCAGAAAGUUGUAGAAUAUGCUAGUGGCCUUCCUUUAGCUCUUGUUACUUUGGGUUCCUUUUUGGUUGGAAGAGCAGCAGAAGAGUGGCAAAGUGCAUUGGACAGUCUUAAAAAUAUUAAAGGUGAUAUGUAUAAAAUACUUAAAAUAAGUUAUGAUGGACUAGACGAAAUGUGGAAGGAGAUAUUCUUAGAUAUUGUAUGUUUCUUUAGAGGGGAGAAGAAAGAUGAAGUAAUACAAAUAUUAGAGAAUUGUGGUUUUCAUGCAAGAAUUGGUGUAAGUGUUCUUGUGGAAAGAUCUCUCCUAACGGUGGAUUACGAAGGACGUUUUGGGAUGCAUGAUCUACUAUCAGAAAUGGGUCAAAAAAUUAUUCAUUUUGAAUCAGGUGGAAAGCUUGGAAAGCAAAGUCGGUUGUGGCUUGUUGAUGACUUGCUUCAUGUAUUGGAGAACGAUAUGGCAACAGAAGCAAUUCAAGCCAUAGUUGUCAGAAUCGAGGAAGAGGAUUUCAACUUUGAAGAAUUUUCUGAGGAGUUUUCAAAGAUGUCUAAUCUUAGAUUGUUGAUAAUCUUAGAUGUCUUAGGUCAUUUUAGACAAUCAGGCUAUCAUAAUGACCAAAGACAUCUUGCUCUUCCUAAUAACCUAAGACACCUUUCAUGGAGCCACUGUCCUUUUAAAUGUUUGGCAUCCAGUGACAAACGAAAGGCAUUUGUUCAACUUCACUUGCAUUGCAGCAAAUUUGAAUAUCUUUGGGAUGGAGUAAUGCGUUCAGUCAACUUAAAGUUCAUUGAUCUUAGUUGUUCCAAAAACCUUAUUAGGACAUCUGACUUGUCAGGUGCUCCAAGACUUGAGAGACUAAACCUUUUUAAAUGUGAUAGUUUGGUUGAGAUCCACCCAUCCAUUGGACAUCUCAGCGGGCUUAGGUAUUUAGAUCUACGAUACUGCAGUUCUCUUACCAAUCUUCCCACCAUGUCUGCUAAAAUGCAGUCCCUUACGGUUCUUGAUCUUUUUGCUUGCACAAAAUUCAGUUCGAUUCCGAAAUUUACUGGAAUUGUGAAAAGCCUAUCGGAACUCAAAUUGAGUUGGACUGCUAUUAAGAAAGUAGAGCCCUCAUCAAUCGAGUGUUUGACUGCCCUUACUUUAUUAGAUCUAAGUUACAGCGAUGUCGAAUUUCUUCCAAGCAACAUGGAUAAGUUGAGGUCUCUUGAAAAACUCAUUCUUUGCGGAUGCUCAAAACUAAAAUCGUUGCCAAGGCUUCCAUCAACUAUAAGAUAUAUAAAUGCUGAUUUUUGUUAUUCCCUAAAAUGGACACCAACACGGGCCAAACUGAGUAACUGGUCACAACCUCUUUCCCAGUGGUGUCCGUAUGAUGAGACUGGUAGUCAAGUGGAAUUUAGAAUAUUGUUCCAUUUCCUACAGGGACACCUUUGUCGUAAAACUUUUUAUGGAACUUCUUUCAAAAGGGAAGAGGAUGGAUCUAGAACUGAAUUUCAGAUAAUUGUUCCAUCAUGUUUAACUCAUACAGUGGGGAAUUCAAUAAUAAUAAAGUUGCCUUCAAAUUGGUAUAAUAGUAAAUGGAUCGGAUUCGCUCUCUUGGCAUCAGCAUUAGGUGUUAUAGGCUUGGAUUAUGGUAUUAGAGCUCGUGUGAUAUUCCUCGGUGAUAUGCCUCAGAAUCAUUGUGCCUCUGAACUUUUGACUACCUGGAUAUGUUGUGAGGUCAAUAUUUGCCUAUUGUAUUUGUCUCGUGAUGAUUGGUUUGCUACUGUUGGGAAUAAUGAGUGCAGUCAAAUUAAGGUUAUAUUUGAGACCGAAAAAACAACCAUGUAUGUGUGGGAAUGUGGGGUCAGUUUGAUAUAUGAGCAAGAUGUGGACGAGUUCAACCAAAAAAAUGCACAAUGUUUGAUUGAGAGCUUUGGGGAAAAAUCCAUCUGUAAAUUUACUGUUGGUGAUGAUGAUGGGGAUGAUAAUGAAGAUGAAGAUGAGGAUGAACAUUAUGAAUUUCUAUAAGGUAGAUGGUUUAGUCCUAUUACGGCAUCCCAUUUGUGAUAACAAUUUUGGUCUCUAGAAGAUGACGCUCAUGUCUUACUUAUACUUUGAUUGGCUACUAAAUAGUGAAGAUUUUCUUAGCUUGAAUUUCAAUUGAGGCUAUUGCUACCGGAUGUGCAUAAGCAUUUCUGUCAAUAUGAGUGCUUAUUUUUUAGUUGAAAAUCCUUGUAUGUUGUAUUGAAUUUGUAAAUGGUUUCGGUUAUAAUGAUUUGGAAAGGUAUUCAAGUGACAUAUCCUUGUAUCUUGUUUCAUAAUGACUGUAGAAUAUGGUAUUUUC